CGGAUUGAUGAAGAACGGAAGUAGGCUCUUGCCGUUUACAGCGACAACCGAUCUGGACGCGAUCUGAGGCCUCUACAUUUCUUCCCUUCUAGGACUGCUUUCGUUGUCCCUUCCGCGGGCCCCGCUUUUUCUAUUCAUCGUUCGCACCAGUGGAUGAAAUAAACCUUAGCUUCGGAAGGAAGUGGUGCCACGCCGCCUAGUACCUAUGCACAACACCGCGCUGCUUCUGCGGCCGAGCUAUUCUGCCACCGACUGACACACCAAUGGGUGUUCUACAAGCUAUCAGCUCGACCCAUUUGGGUCGCUAGUUAUCUGACUCGCUCGAUGAAUCUCGGGUUGGGAGGCGGAAAUGCGUUUCAUUCCCUCAACCGAAUUCAGUCCGCGGGCGGCCCCUUUUUAAUCAGCUUCCAAUCUUUUUCUCCUUACACACACCAUGGACCCAAUCACCAUGGGCGGCGGCAUCCUCGCCAUCCUCCUCAGCGCCGGCGUCGUCUACUCGCUCGUCACGUACUUCCGCGACCCGUACGGACUGCGCAGGUUUCCGGGCCCGUUUCUCGCCAAGUUCUCGUACGCGUGGGUCUUGUGUGUAGGUCUCACCCGCCGGCGAGCGACCAUCAUCCAUGAGAUGCACAAGCGAUACGGGCCCAUCGUCCGCGUCUCGCCGCACGAGCUGUCCUUCAGCGAUCCCGCCGCCUACGCGAUCGUCCACUCGUUCAACACGCGGCUCCCCAAGUCGUCCUUCUACCAGGCGUUCGCGACCAUCGGGCUCACGAACGUCUUCACGUCGCAGUCCAAAUCCGAGCACGGCCAGAAGCGCCGGCUGCUCCACCCCCUCUUCACGGCGCAGGUCUCGCGCGAAUUCGCCCCCAAGACCGCCGAGCUGAUGAACACCCUCCUCGGACAAUGGGAGACGCGUUAUACGUCAAAUGACGCGGAAUAUACCUGGUUUGAUUGCGUUCCGUGGGUUACUCUGCUCUCAUUCGAUCAGGUCUCGUCGUUUGUCUUCGGCGACGGGUUCGGCAUGGUCGGCUCGUCGUCGGACGACGUGCGGGUCUCCGCCGACUGGCGCGCCGCGCUGUACAACACGCAGACCGCAGCGAGCAAGGAGUCGCAGGCCGAAGACGCGUCGCUGACGGAUCUCGUGACCGAUCGCGAGGCGUACAACUACCUCGCGGGGCUCGCCCCCGCGUGGCUCAAGUCGUUCGCGCGCAAGGUGCUGUGGAAGCAAGUGCGCUCGUCCCUGGUGUUCUCGGGUUUCGUUGCCCAGAGGGUCUACGCCCGGCUGGGAGCAGCCAUCUCGGAUCCGGAGGAGCCGACUGACCUCGUGGGCCGGUUCCUGAAACGGACGCAGUCCCAGAAGGAGACGUUCCGCGCGGAGGCCCUUAUCGCUGAACUGAUUACCAUCGUCGUGGCCGGCUCUGACACGUCUCGGAACACGCUCAUUGCAGCUAUCUACUACCUCGCGCAGCACCCGAAUCUCCAACGUCAGCUGCAUGAGGAACUUGACGCGCGACUUGGACCCGAGUACGACCCGCUGGACGUGGAGAGUCUUCCAUUCCUUGGUGCUGUCCUCAACGAGGCUCUGCGGAUGCACUCUCCCGUCGGCAUCGGCCUGCCACGCACCGUGACGGAGCCUGGUCUCACGGUCUGUGGCGAGUUUAUCGCUGCCGGCACGACUGUCGGGGUGCCGAUCUACACGAUCCACCGCGACCACGGCAUCUGGGGCGCUGAUGCGAGCGAAUUUCGUCCUGAUCGGUGGCUGGAGGCAGAGGAAGUCACCGCCAAAUACUCCGAUGCAUUCAAACCGUUCUCGGAUGGCCCCGCCGGAUGCAUCGGCAAGACUCUGGCGCUGCUGCAGCUGCGGGUGAUGAUCGCUGCUGUCUUUACCCAAUUCGAAGUCGUUUUGGAGGAUCCGCGGUCUGAGCUCAAGACAGAAGACUGGUUUGUCAGACGUGUCACAGAGUGUCGGAUCGGUGUUCGUCGUCGCAGCGCUCCAGCGUCGCUCAAAAAAGCAUGAAACAACGCGUCUGCUUCUUGUCGUUCAUCAAAAAUUUCCUGAAACUAUGUAGAUAUCAUCAUUACAGGAUCGAAAUGGAAGUUGCCGCUGCAGUUCAAUGUAUCUCUGUAGUGUGAAUGAAUCUAAACUCAUUGGGCGAGGAGUGC